AUGGAAACUGAAGAACAGACUGCCGAAGCACCAAAACAAUUAAACGUUGAGGAUUUAAGCAUAGAAAUAUUGCCGGUAAUCUACGAAAUUAUCAGAAGCGUAGAAAAGGAUCAUCACGAUAACACCGCCAAAACACGAGAGUCACAAGAAAGCUCGCAAAAAGUUCUGGAACUUCAAAAAAGGCUGGAACAAGCUAAAACUGAUAUUCGCAUGCUUCCUGGUAUAGAAUAUAGCAAAGAACAACAAUUAAACCAUUUGGAAGCCUUAAAAACCCAACUUCAAUUGAAACAAGACUUACUUCAGAAGUACCGUUCGAUGUACCCAUUUCCAACACAAAAGUCAUAAUAAUUAUUAAAUAAAGCAUGGUAUUCCGUUUUAUAAUAAGAAUAUUAGCGAAUAAUGAGCAGCUAGUGCAAAGAUUAAGCGAGUCUUACCCUAUGAGAAAGGCUGCUCAAUUGGUAGUAAGGGUUAUUUUCUCGGGGAAGAAUUUUGUAGAAGAAAACAGGUUGCAUGAAAAGUUGUCACCAGAGCAGUUUCGUACUUUAAUGAAAAGUGUUGCCAAUAACUGGCAGCAACAAAUUAAACAGGCACAGGAAGAAAUUAAAAGAAAAAUGAAGUAAGAUGUCUUCAAGUUCAGUAAUUUUUAUUGGUUCUCCGGAACGAAAUAUAAAGACUAACGCCCGCCAAAAUCUCAAAAAUUUGUUUAUAGUUAAUCCCAAUGAUGUAGUUUUAAGAAUUCUUGCUUCAUUUGUUCCUCCUUUUACAAAAGGAUAUCAAAAGGUUUAUGUAGAUUUAUUGGGCCCCUUUUUAGGAUUUCUUCUACUUACAGCUUUUUUAAAUUAUGGAUUUUCAUAUAAAAUGUAUCAAAUUUAUUAUUCACCUACCGAAAGUAUGUGUGCCUUUGCUUUUUUAAUGCCUUUACUCUGUUUUAUACUUACAAAAUUAGGUAGAUCUAGUAUAACUCCUUUCGAAACGGUUUCUUUAAUAGGAUACUCAUUUUAUGGCCACAUACUAACCCUUUUAGCUUCUUAUAUUUGUUUUCAAGAAAGAAGCAACUUUUUCUUUUUUAUAUGUCUCAUAUUUUUUGGCGGUCUUUCGACUUUAAGAAUGGCCUUAGUUUUUCUUUAUACCAUACCAAUACCUGCUGCCAGAUUGCUAAUUUGCACUAUAAUUUCUUUGUCAAAUAUUCUUUAUUUAAUUUUCUUACAUUUUGCAUACAUGCAUAGAACUUUUGCCUACAAUGAUGGUUUAUGAUAU